CAGGCAGAGCUCGAAACGGCCUGCGCGCUCCGCCCAGCCUCUUCGCCUGCGCUCUUCCCCCGUCGACGCUGGGGGAGCCGGCGGCCGGGCAGCCGCUGAAGCCGCCGGGGGUAGCAGCAGCAGCAGCAGCAGCAGCAGCAUGGAGGGGCUCCUGGCCGCCGUGGUGGCGUUGCUGAGCCUGUGGUUCACGCUGGCCUUCCUGCUGAUCGUGCUGCCCUCCAUCUUCGGCUUGUCCUUGGGCAUCUCGGAGCUGUACAUCCGUAUCCUGGUGAAGACCUUGGAGUGGGCCACACGGCGAAUUCAGAGAGAGAUAAGAGAGCAGCAGAUAGAAAUACAGAAAAUUCCCAGCUCAAAUGUUAUCAUACAGAGAGAUCUCACCACAAUGGAGCAGGCGAUCGCGGGUCUGCGCCGAGGGGACUUUGAACUCUCCGACGCUUUUUAUUACUGCAAAAAGGGCCUCGAGGCCAUUGUGGAAGACGAGGUCACCCAACGAUUCACGUCGGAGGAGCUGGUCUCUUGGAACCUCCUCACCAGGACCAACGUCAACUUCCACUACAUCAGUUUACGGCUAACUGUGGUGUGGGUUAUUGGGGUCUUCGUGAGGUACUGCCUCUUGCUCCCUCUUCGCGUCUGCUUGGCAACCAUUGGGAUCCUUUCCAUGAUCGUAGGUACUACCCUUGUGGGAAAGCUGCCAAAUAGUGAAAUCAAAAAUCGGCUGAGUGACGUGGUCCACCUAACGUGCUCCCGGAUCCUUGUGAGGGCGCUGUCUGGCACCAUUUAUUACCAUAACAAGGAGAACAAACCCCAGAAAGGAGGCAUUUGUGUUGCCAACCACACGUCUCCGAUAGACGUUAUCAUAUUGACAAACGACGGCUGCUACGCAAUGGUUGGCCAAGCUCAUGGGGGACUCAUGGGCGUCAUUCAAAGAUCCACCGUCAAGGCCUGCCCGCAUGUCUGGUUCGAACGCUCCGAAAUGAAGGAUCGCCACCUAGUGACCAAAAGACUGAGGGAACAUAUUGCAGACAGGAACAAACUGCCAAUUCUCAUUUUUCCAGAAGGCACGUGUAUAAACAAUACCUCUGUAAUGAUGUUCAAAAAGGGAAGUUUUGAAAUUGGUGGAACUAUCUACCCAGUGGCCAUCAAGUAUGACCCCCAGUUUGGUGACGCCUUCUGGAACAGCAGCAAGUACGGAAUAGUGAGCUACCUCUUGCGAAUCAUGACUAGCUGGGCCAUCGUUUGCAAUGUCUGGUAUCUGCCACCCAUGACAAGAGAGGAGGGAGAAGAUGCUGUUCACUUUGCCAACAGGGUGAAGUCCGCCAUCGCUCUCCAAGGAGGACUCACCGAAUUAUCCUGGGAUGGAGGCUUGAAAAGAGACAAAGUGAAGAAGUCCUUUAAGGAGGAAGAGCAGAAGAACUACAGCAAGAUGAUAAUUGGCAACGGGUCGUCUUCACUUGAAUCAACAUCGACGGACUGAUUUUUCUCUCUCUCUCCCCAAUUGAGAUAUAACUCAGUGUAGAAAGUGUGGAUUCCCAAGCCCCCUGUAGAACCAGAAUAAAACACUGCAACAGGCAAUGAAGGACCUUGCUUUGUUUGCUUGAAACUGUGAUUGUUUUGGAAGGUGCUCCGCAUCUUUGCGACUUGAUGACACCGGUAAAUUCCAGCUCUUGAUGUCCGGGUGGGAGAACUGGACCGAAGCUCAUGGGAGGGCGGGAAACUCCCAGUGUUUAAAAAGAGGCUACAACUUUUCGAACGUUCGCCCGAAAAAGAUAUACAUAGUUUUAAAAAGUUGUUGUGUCAAAUGAUGGUCACGUCGUUCUAGAAUGUUUGAAUGAAUCCUCUUCCCUCGUCCUACGGAUAGGCGACUUGUGUGUCAGCUGUUAGCGUUUUUGAAUAGACGGUCGUAACAUUUCUGAGGUUGUUUUGAGGGAUGUAUUUUUUUGGAGUUGUGUUAUGAAAUAACGUUGUUUUGGGGAACGAGUAAAUAGCCCUGGCCUUCACAGGGCAUGAGAACUAGAUGGUCAGUAUCCUUGAAAAUUGGUACUGGGAAAUUGAAGGGUUUACAGAUUUGUGUGUGUGUCUUGUAGAAACUUACAUGUUAAAACUGGAAAAGUUUUUGAGGCUGCAUUGAGACAUGUGUUUGUCUUUUCUGCACUAGGGAAGAGGGCAAAUAAGAGGUUUUUAACACAUUCAGUUCCACCUGCCUUCUUAAUAAAAUCCCUAAAUGUCAAAGGAAUAAAAAUUGGGGAAAAAAUGCUUAUUAAGAUGCACUUCUCUCAUGAAAUGUGUUGGCAAUGGCUUAUCUGUAUAUCUGUCAUUUGUUGUAUGAAAAAUAUGUUGCCUUAUUGUAAAUUGAAAUAAAUUCUAUAUUUCUAACAA